AUGACAGACUGUAAACCCUUGGCUACUCCGGCCGCAGUCACUCAACCGGCUACACCGACACUAGACCCUUUCGAUAAUCCGACUCAAUACCGCAGGAUAGUUGGGGCUCUGCAGUAUUUGACUAUUACUCGGCCGGAUCUUUCUUUUUCAGUUAACAGGCUUUGUCAGUUCAUGCAUUCCCCCACGCAGGAUCAUUGGGGGCUUCUCAAACGUGUUCUUCGGUAUGUCAAAGGCACUCUCAACUCCGGGCUACGUUUAUCUCUGUCGUCGUCUUCCGCUAUACAUGCCUUCUCAGACUCAGAUUGGCAACGCACCGUUGCACGCUCCUCAACAGAGGCCGAGUACAAAGGUCUUGCCGACGUAGCUGCUGAAGUUACCUGGGUCAUCUCCUUACUCCGGGAGUUGGGUCUACAUACUGGCGAUCCCGCUACACUAUGGUGUGAUAAUCUGGGGGCAACAUACUUAGCCACUAAUCCCGUGCUCCACGCCAGAACGAAGCACGUCGAGAUUGAUUUUCACUUUGUCCGUGAUAAAGUUGCUUCAGGGGAGUUCGUCGUCAACUUUGUUUCAACCAAGGACCAGGUUGCUGACAUCUUCACCAAACCCCUACCAGCUCCACAUUUUCAUACUCUGAGGGACAAGCUUAAUGUGGACAGCAUCCACCCUUGUGCUUGA